ACUCGUCCAUCGCUCGCUCCCAGCUCCUCCAUCUCUACUACCAGUAGUCUCAGAUCAGGACCAGGAGGAAUUAAGCGACGAUGGUGAGCCCUAAUAAGCUCGCCGUCCUCACUGUCUUCGCCCUGCUCGGCUCCGUGUCUUGCCAGGACGGAGGCUACUACCCUCCUCCUCCGGCUCCGGCCACCCCGCCACCACCAGCAUGCCCUCCACCUCCUCCAAGCCCAAGCCCACCCCCAGCUACGCCGGCACCCCCACCACCCCCAGGGACGCAACUCAUGGUCGGAUACUACAAGAACAAGUGCGGCGCUUACGUGGACGUUGAGGCCAUCGUCAAGAAGCACGUCAAUGCCACUGAUGCUGGCAUGCAGGCCGGGCUUGUCCGUAUGUUCUUCCACGACUGCUUCAUCCGUGGAUGCGACGCCUCCGUCCUCCUGGACUCGUUCAGCAACGACACGAGCCUGACCCCGGAGAAGUUCAGCGUGCCCAACUUCCCCAGCCUACGCGGGUACGAGGUGAUCGACGCGGCCAAGGCGGAGAUCGAGGCGGCAUGCCCCAGCGUCGUCUCGUGCGCGGACAUCGUCGCGUUCGCCGCCCGCGACGCGUCCUACUUCCUCAGCGGCGGCGGCAUCAACUUCGCCAUGCCCGCCGGCCGCUACGACGGCAACGUGUCCCUCGCCAGCGAGGCCCUGCCGAACCUUCCCCCGCCGUUCGCCGGCUUCGACCUGCUCGUCCAGAUGUUCGCCGCCAAGGGGCUGGACUACGUCGACAUGAUCACGCUCUCCGGCGCGCACAGCAUCGGCCGCUCCCACUGCUCCUCCUUCAGCAGGGACCGCCUGCCGCCCAGCAACACCUCCGACAUGGACCCGGCGUUCGCCGCCACGCUGCAGGCUGCCUGCGCGUCGCCCAACGGCACCGACAACACGGUGGUGCAGGACUUCCAGACCCCCGACGUCCUGGACAACCAGUACUACAAGGACGUGCUGGCACACAAGGUGCUCUUCACGUCGGACGCCGCGCUCACCACCAACAUCACAUCCAACAACCUGGUGCGCGCCUACGCGGACUUCGUUCCCUUCCUGUGGCAGAAUAAGUUCGGCAAGGCCAUGGUGAAGAUGGGCGGCAUAGAGAUCAAGACCGCCGCCAACGGGGAGAUCAGGACCAACUGCCGCAAAGUCAACGGCAGGCCGUGAUGGAUCAGAUGCCCAUGCAUUUCUUAACUAUUGUCUUUAUACCUACAUUAUCCUCUAAUAAUGAUCGAUGCUUCAUUCUUAGCUGUGUGUAUGCCUGUUGUGAUGCUGUAAUUUUGAUUGCGAUAAUAUCGUACCUUUUUUUGUACUAGUUGACGAGAAAAUCUUCAUGAUGAAUGAAGAAUUAAUAACCAUUCGUUGAUUUCCAGA